GGGGGUGGAGCGGGGGCGUCAACGGCCGCCGCAGGGAGGGCACGGCGGGCCCGUCAUGGCGCACAAACAGAUCUACUACUCGGACAAGUACGACGAUGAGGAGUUUGAGUACCGGCACGUGAUGCUGCCCAAGGACAUCGCCAAGCUGGUGCCCAAGACCCACCUGCUGUCGGAGUCGGAGUGGCGGAACCUGGGGGUGCAGCAGAGCCAGGGCUGGGUCCACUACAUGAUCCACGAGCCAGGUGAGCGCCGCGGGGGAGCGGGCGGCGCCCAGGGGGCCCGGCCUGACCCCCUCUCUUGCCCCGCAGAGCCCCACAUCCUGCUCUUCCGACGGCCGCUGCCGAAGAAGCCGGAGAAGUGAGUGGCCCCUGGUCUGCCGAAGCUCCCAGUCCUUCCACGUUGAGACAACACCUUCCUCCUCCUCCUCCUCCUCGGCGUUUCUCGGGGGCUUCACCCCGUGACCCUCGACGCUGCCUGCGCGUCGUUUCGGCGGCUCGGCCCGGCUUCCAGAGGCCCUUCCCGUUGCGAUGCCUCCAAAGUUUCAAUAAAGUGAUGUUUGGGA